CACUUGACAUUUCAACAAGCCGCUUCAUUUUCACGUGUUGGUUUCAAUUUUUGUUUUGCAUUUUUCUAGAUAAAAAAAACUUUAAAAAAUACAUAAAACCAACGACAAAAAAAACUAUAAAAAUGCUUGAAAAUCCAACAAAAAUCAAAACCGGUGACUAUGUCAUUCUGCAACGCCAAAAAUACACCAAACUCCAAAAGUUUGGCAAUCUUGACUCAAGUGCAGUUCUUGGAAAAGAUCAUCUAGAACUUCGCAACAUCGAUGGUCAUCCAUACUAUUCCACAUUUAAAAUGAUCCAAAAAGAAGGUAAAGGACGCAAUCGAUCUUGCACACUGCAAGUGUGUUCGGAAACUGAAAUGCGUAAUAUUUUCGAUGUUCUUGGUGGUUCGUCAAGUGGUGCAGAUAAUCGCAACAUAAUUGACGAUGGAGAAUCACAAAAUCUUGGUCCCGAAGAUAUUUCAAAACUACGAGAAGAAUGUAAUGAUUCUUCAAAGAUUAUUGAGAAAAUCGUAGAGAAUUCCAAAACAUUCAAUUCAAAAACUGAAUAUUCACAAGAAAAGUAUUUAAAGAAAAAAGAGAAGAAGUAUUUUGAGUUUGUUCAAAUUCGACAACCUUCUAUAAGACUUUUGACUGAGAUCUUUUAUCGGCAAGAUCCUGACAAAAUUCUGGGUAUUCGUGUUGAUACUUUGUCACAAAUUAUUUCAUAUUCGGGGGUAAGUUCAUUUGGUAAUUACCUUCUUUAUGAAUCAGGCACAAAUGGACUCUUGCCGGCUGCAUUCUUGAAUUCAAUGGGUGCAAAUACGGAAGCUAAAAUGGUUCAUAUGCAUCCUGGAAAUGUUCCCCAAAAACAAGCUAUAUUGGCUCUCAAUAUGCCCGAGGAACAAACAAAACGUUGUGUUUCAGUAAACAUUUACUCGGUUUUGCGUGAAUUCUAUCAGGGAUCUCCUGAAGAACAGGAAGCUAUUAUUGAGAAAUUAGAGGUUCCAACACCAACUGAUGAAAAUCCUAGCAAAAAACCGAGGUUAGAAGAAUCUGAAUCAUCUAACACUCAACCUCAAUCCUCUUCAUCGGCAUCAGCCAUCGAAAAACAAUCACAAAAAUGGCAAUUAGAAAACAAACGAGCUUGUGAGUUGUUGAAAGAAAAAUUUGAUUCUUUAGUAAUUGCUGCCAAAGAACAUCCUGUUAAUAUAACAAAAACAUUAUUGACAUUUGUAAAACCUUCACGACCUGUUGUUAUAUUUAGUCAAUGCAAGGAAGUUCUGAUGGAAUUGUAUGUUGAAUUGAAAUCUACAACGGAAGUAACGAAUUUACAUUUAACAUCAAAUUGGUUGAGAAUGUAUCAAAUUUUACCAAAUAGAACGCAUCCUGAAGUUAAUAUGAACGGGAAUAGUGGUUAUCUGCUUUGUGGAUAUACAAUUAGAUAAAUAAGAUAAUAAAAUGUUUUUUUAAAUUUU